GGGGAGGGGAGAAGGCUGGGGUCUUUGCCGAGAAGGACUGCUGAGGCCCGGUUCUGCUGCCAAAGGCUCUCAAGGACUGGGAGCCUUGCACUGGGGUGGGGGUGGGGUCUGUUCAGGCCCCUGCUCUUUACUCCCUCCGCCCGAUUUCUGGCUGUGUCGGUGGCUGGGGGAGCUAUGAAAGCCAUCACUGUGCUGAGGGAGCUCCUGGGGCUUCGGAUGCAGGGGCUCGGGCCUGGGCCAGCCUCCAGUGCAGGCUCCCCGGAGCUGGGCCGCUCCCUCAGCCGUGGCCUGGGAAGACCAGUUUCCGGGGGCUGUCCUAGGGCAAGACGACUUCUCUCCCUCCUCUCCCUCCUUCCCCUCCCCAGCUGCACAGGACCUUCAGAGAUAACCAGCCCAAGUCAUGCAGUCUUUUCGAGAAAGGUGCGGUUUCCAUGGCAAACAACAGAACUACCAGCAGACCUCACAGGAGACAUCUCGCCUGGAGAAUUACAGGCAGCCGAGCCAGGCUGGGCUGAGCUGUGACCGGCAGAGGCUGCUCGCCAAGGACUAUUAUAACCCGCAGCCAUACCCCGGCUACGAGGGCAGUGCUGGCACACCUACCAGCGCUGCUCGUGGCAGCAAAGGCCUGCCCGCGCAGCAGGUCCUGCAGGGGAGGCCAGCGUUCGGCUACAGCGUCCAGGACAGCGGCCCUUACCCGGGCCGCUAUGCAGGCGAGGAAAGCCUGCAGGCCUGGGGGGCCCCCCAGCCGCCAACCCCCCAGCCACAGCCCCUGCCAGGGGGGGUGGGCAAAUAUGACGAGAACUUGAUGAAAAAGACAGCAGUACCCUCGGGCAGGCAGUACCCAGAGCAGGGUGCCCAGCUGCCCUUUCGGACUCACUCCCUGCAUGCCCAGCCCCAGCCCCAGCAGCCCCAACAGCCCCUGGCCUACCCCAAGCUCCAGAGGCAGAAACUGCAGAAUGACAUUGCCUCACCUCUGCCCUUUCCCCAGGGCAGCCACUUUUCCCAGCAGUCGCAGUCCUUCCCCACCUCCUCCACCUAUUCCUCCACUGGCCAGGGUGGCGGGCAAGGCACCCACUCCUAUAAGAGCUGCACAGCACCGUCUGCCCAGCCCCAUGAUAGGCCACUGACUGCUGGCCCCAACCUGGCCCCAGGGCAGGGAGUUCAGAACCUUCAUGUCUAUCCGGCCGGCCGCCUCAGCUAUAGCCAGCAGAAGCAGCAGCAGCAACAAGCCCUCCAGAGCAGACACCAUGCCCAGGAAACCCUCCAUUACCAAAACCUUGCCAAGUACCAACACUACGGGCAGCAAGGUCCGGGCUACUGCCAGCCAGACCCGGCCAUCAGGACCCCGGAGCAGUACUACCAGACCUUCAGCCCCAGCUCUAGCCACUCACCCGCACGCUCCAUGGGCCGCUCGCCUUCCUACAGCUCCACCCCAUCACCGCUGAUGCCAAACCUCGAGAACUUUCCCUAUAACCAGCAGCCGCUUAGCACGGGGGCCUUUCCCGCAGGCAUCACUGACCACAGCCACUUCAUGCCCCUGCUCAACCCCUCCCCAACUGAUGCGACCAGCUCUGUGGACACACAGGCCGGCAACUGCAAGCCACUCCAGAAGGACAAGCUCCCGGAGAGCCUGCUGGCGGACCUCAGCCUGCAGAGCCUCACCGCCCUGACGUCGCAGGUGGAGAGCAUCUCUAGUACAGUCCAGCAGCUGCUGCUCUCCAAGGCAGCCACGCCGCAGAGGAAGGGCGGCCGGAACCUGGUGUCCCAGACUUCGGAGCAGCACAAAAGCCAGCACUGCAGCCCUGAGAGCAGCGGCUUCUCAGCCGAGCAGGUGGGCACACCACUGUCCAGCCACGCCGAGCCGCCCGAGGCCGACUACCUGAGCGGCUCUGAGGACCCCCUGGAGCGCAGCUUCCUUUACUGCAACCAGGCCCGCGGCAGCCCCUCCAGGGUCAACAGCAACUCGAAGGCCAAGCCUGAGUCCGUGUCCACCUGUUCUGUGACCUCGCCCGAUGACAUGUCCACCAAGUCUGAUGACUCCUUCCACAGCCUUCACGGCAGCCUGCCGCUUGACAACUUCUCCAAGUUCGUGGCAGGCGAGCAGGACUGCCCACGGUUGCUGCUCAGUGCCCUGGCGCAAGAGGAUUUGGCCUCCGAGAUCCUGGGGCUACAGGAGGCCAUUGGCGAGAAGGGUGACAAGGCUUGGGCCGAGGUGCCUGGCCUUGCCAAGGACACCAGCAAGCCACCCUUCUCGCUAGAGAACCACAGCGCCUGCCUGGACUCCAUAGCCAAGAACUCAUGGUCACGGCCAGGGGAGCCCGAGGCCCUGCCCGAGUCCUUACAGCUGGACAAGGGUGGCCAUGCUAAGGACUUCAGCCCAGGGCUGUUUGAAGACCCUUCUGUGGGCUUCGUCACCCCAGACCCCAAGAAGACAACUGGUGGCCUCUCCUUUGGCUCCAGGCCCACCCUUGGGGCUGCCACUUCAGACCCCAGCACUACAGCUUUUGACUGCUUUCCGGAUACAACCACAGCCAGCUCAGCAGACAGCGCCAACCCCUUCUCCUGGCCAGAGGAGAACUUGGGGGAUGCUUGUCCCCGGUGGGGGCUGCACCCCAGCGAGCUCACCAAGAGUCUGGAGCAGGGUGGGAAAGCCUCGGAUGGCAUCAGCAAGGAGAACGCCCACGAGGCUUCAGCCUGUCUGGGCUUCCAGGAGGAGGAACCCCCUGGGGAGAAGGCCAGUGUGCCCCAGGACUCCAAGCCAGAGGUGGGCGGGGUGAAGGAGGAGGCAGGUGGGCUGCUGCAGUGCCCUGAGGUGGGCAAAGACGACACGUGGCUGGAGGACAGCCGGCACUGCUGCUCGGCCACAGACUUUGGGGACCUCCCCCUGCUGCCGCCCACUGGCAGGAAGGAGGACUUGGAGGCUGAGGAGGAGUACUCAUCCCUGUGUGAGCUCCUGGGCAGCCCCGAGCAGAGGCCCAGCAUGCAGGACCCGCUGUCGCCAAAGGCUCCGCUGAUGUGCAGCAAGGAGGAGGUGGAGGAAGUGCUGGACCCCAAGGCUGGCUGGGGCUCCCCAUGCCACCUCUCUGGAGAGUCUGUCAUUUUGCUGGGUCCCACUGUGGGCGCCGAGUCGAAGGUCCAGAGCUGGUUCGAGUCCUCCUUGACCCACAUGAAGCCUGGGGAAGAGGGGCCCAGUGGGGGCCUGGCUCCUGGGGAUCCUGCUACCCUUGCCCCGGAGGCCUCCUUGGUCCAGAAGCCAAACAAGCCUGCUGUUCCCGAGGCACCCAUUGCUAAGAAAGAGCCCGUGCCACGUGGCAAGAGCUUGCGGAGCAGGCGGGUGCAUCGGGGGCUUCCCGAGGCCGAGGACUCUCCAUGCAGGGCGCCGGUUCUGCCCAAAGACUUCCUGCUUCCAGAAUCCUGCACAGGGCCCCCCCAGGGACAGAUGGAAGGGGCAGGGGUCCCAGGCCGGGGGACCUCAGAAGGGCUCCCCAGGAUGUGCACCCGCUCCUUCACAGCCCUGAGUGAGCCCCGUACUCCUGGACCCCCAGGACUGAUCACCACCCCUGCCCCACCAGACAAACUGGGGGGCAAGCAGCGAGCUGCCUUCAAGUCUGGCAAGCGGGUGGGGAAGCCCUCCCCCAAGGCAGCAUCCAGCCCCAGUAACCCGGCUGCCCUGCCAGUGGCCUCUGACAGCAGCCCCAUGGGCUCCAAGACCAAGGAAACGGACUCUCCCUGCACCCCUGGCAGAGACCAGCGCUCUAUGAUCCUGCGGUCCCGCACCAAAGCCCAAGAAGUCUUCCACUGCAGGCGGCGGCCCUCUGAGAGCCGGGUCCCCAGCUGCCGUGCCGCCAAGAAGCUCCUUGCCAACAGCCAUCUGCCUGUCACCUUCAAAGUCUCUGGCAACUCCCAGAAGGAGGGCAGGGCCAACCAGCGGGCAAGGGUCCCCAAGCCCAGUGCAGGCAGCAAGCUAUCUGAUCGGCCCCUCCAUGCACUCAAAAGGAAGUCGGCCUUUGUGGCACCCGUCCCCACCAAGAAGCGGAACCUGGUCUUACGGAGCAGCAGCAGCAGUCCCGGUGGCUGCCGGGCAGAUGUGAAGGAGGAGCGGGCUGAGGGCUCCCCCACCCUCUUCAAAAGGAUGUCUUCUCCCAAGAAAGCCAAGCCUGCCAAGGGCAAUAGCGAGCCCACUUCGAAGCCCCUGCCCCCAGAGACCCCUGACACCUGUCUCAAGCUGGCUUCACGGACAGCCUUCCCGGGGGCCAUGAAGACCAAGGUGCUGCCACCCCGGAAGGGCCGGGGCCUGAAGCUGGAGGCUAUCGUGCAGAAGAUCACCUCGCCCAGCCUGAAAAAGUUUGCAUGCAGAGCGCCAGGGGCUGCUCCUGGGAAUCCUCUGAGCCCGGCCCCCUCUGAGAAGGACCGUGGGCUCAAGAGUGCCAGGGGCAGCCCGGUGGGGGCAGAAGGUCUCUUACACAUGGGCACCGGGCAGAAGCUCCUGGCAGCUUCAGGGACUGACCCGUUUUGCAGAAAUGCAGCCAACAGAUCCUUAAAAGGCAAACUCAUAAACACUAAGAAACUGUCCUCGACUGACUGUUUUAAAACUGAAGACUUUAUGUCCCCAGAGGCCUUGCCACCUGGGAGGACUGUCCUGGCACCGAAGAAAAGAAGCCGGAGAGGCAAGGCUGGAGCCCUGGGACUCCCCAAAGGUCCCCUGGAGAAGCAGCCCCAUCUAGGCCCUUCUCUGCUCUUGACUCCCAGAGAUAGGGCCAACAGCAUGCAGGGUGGCAGUGAGGACAGCUGUGGCGGAGGAAGCAAGAAGCCAAAGAUGGAGGAGCUGGGCCUGGCUCCCCAGCCCCCUGAAGGCAGGUCCUGCCAGCCUCAGAUGAGGGUGCAGAAGCAGCCAGGCCAUGCCAACUACAGCAGCUAUUCCAAGCGGAAGCGCCUCACUCGGGGCCGGGCCAAGAAUACCAGCUCCUCACCCUGUAAGGGGCGUGCCAAGCGGCGACGGCAGCAGCAGGUGCUGCCCCUGGAUCCCGCGGAGCCUGAAAUCCGCCUCAAGUACAUUUCCUCAUGCAAGCGGCUGCGGGCCGACAGCCGUGCCCCAGCCUUCUCCCCCUUUGUACGGGUUGAGAAGCGAGAUGCGUUCACCACUGUGUGCACUGUUGUCAACUCCCCUGGGGAGGAGCCCAAGCCCCACAGGAAACCCUCCUCUGCCUCCUCUUCCUCCUCAUCAUCCCUGGAUGCAGCUGGGGCCUCCCUGGCCACGCUCCCUGGAGGCUCCGUCCUGCAACCUCGGCCCUCUCUGCCCCUCUCCUCCACCAUGCAUCUGGGGCCCGUGGUUUCCAAGGCCCUGAGUACCUCUUGCCUUGUUUGCUGCCUCUGCCAAAACCCGGCCAACUUCAAGGACCUUGGGGACCUUUGUGGGCCCUACUACCCCGAACACUGCCUCCCCAAAAAGAAGCCAAAACUCAAGGAGAAAGUGCGGCUGGAGGGCACCUGUGAGGAGGCCUCGGUGCCCCUUGAGAGAACACUCAAGGGCCUCGAGUGUGCAGCUACCGAUGCUAUGGGAAAACCCCCCAGGCCCGAUGGCUCAGCUGACCCAGCCAAGCAGGGUUCACUGCGCUCCAGUGCCCGGGGCCUGUCCCGGCGGCUGCAGAGUUGCUACUGCUGUGACGGCCAGGGGGACGGCAGUGAGGAGGUGGCCCCAGCUGCCGACAAGAUCCGCAAGCAUGAGUGCAGCAAGGAGGCACCGGCAGAGCCUGGCGGGGACACCCAGGAGCACUGGGUGCAUGAGGCCUGCGCCGUGUGGACGGGUGGGGUCUACCUGGUAGCCGGGAAGCUCUUUGGGCUGCAGGAGGCCAUGAAGGUGGCCUUGGACAUGACUUGUUCCAGCUGCCAAGAAGUCGGGGCCACCAUCGGGUGCUGCCACAAAGGAUGUGUCCACACCUACCAUUACCCAUGUGCCAGUGAUGCAGGUUGCACAUUCACCGAAGAUAACUUUUCUUUGAAAUGCCCCAAGCAUAAGAGGCUUCCAUUGUAACACACCCCAAGGCUGGGAAAGCGCCGGAGCCGCCUGCCCUCCCGCCACUGAAGGAGAGGGGCCCUCUGUACAGCCGCCAGGCCUUUGAGAUGCUUCCAGAGCCGAUCCCCGAUCUGACCUGGAUCUUGGAUCUGGCUGCCUAGGGCUGAACCGUGCAGUCCCUGGUUGGGAAGAAAAACUGUUCUGGAGCUGCCUGCUCCCAGAACUGGAUGACACAGCGUUCCUGCCCACAACCCCGGGCCAGGCUUGGAAAGGGGGAGCCCGCGGAGCGGCCAGACUCCUUGGGGUACCCAGGCUCCAGCAGGGGUAGGAGACGCCUUUAGCCUGGAAACACGCUUCUCCACCGGAAGUUCCAAAUCAAUGUGGCACACGUUAUACGUGGGUGCUGCCACCAAUGCAGCUGGGCGCCCUGGAGGUGGGGGUCCAAAGAGCCCUGGAAGUGACGGGGUGGCUCCU